AGAACAGCUAUCCUCAGACGCAGCCCACAUACAACAAUGGUUAGAGGAUCAGGAAAGUUCAAGGCUAAGCGUGGUGGAGGACGCAGCUUCAGCAAGAAUCUAGUUCUUGAUGAGAAUGGCGUAGCAAGCUCUACCGAUCGUCGACGGCCGAGACGGGGAGAGGAGGUGGAGGAUGAUGACAAAUCAGAUGAGGACGAGGAGGACGAAGAGGACGAAGAAGAAGAAGAGGAGGAGGACGAAGAGGAAGGAGAGGGAGGAGAGGACAAACCCGAGCUAACCCGCGCAGAGCGGCGCGAGCUCAAGAAGAAGCAGGCCGCAGCCAAGCAAACAGGCAAAGCACCGAAGAAAGCGGACGGGAGCGGCGGUGAUGAGGACGAUGAGGAUCUCAUUAACCCCAACCAUGUCCAGAAGAAGCUCAACAUAUCGGACAUCGGCUCACAGCCCAUGUCAAGGCGGGAGAGAGAAGCUAAGGAGAAGCAAGAGGCGAAGGAACGGUAUUGGAAGCUGCACCUCCAGGGCAAGACCGAUGAGGCCAAGAGCGAUAUGGCUCGUCUAAAGAAGAUCCGUGAGGAGCGCGAGGCGGCUCAGGCGAAGCGCAAAGCUGAGCUCGACGCCAAAUCAGCCGAGACGGAGGCCAAGAAGCAGCAGCAACUCAAUCGUAAAGCUAAAUGAUUCUUUGCUGGCGCAGACAGCGUCGGAGAAGCCCAAGUUUCGGUGUACUAGUACCUUACUGCCAACUUACUGUACUUAUCUUCUGCCAACAGUGCCAUGCAUAAAUAUACAGUUGAG